UGUGGUUUAUUUUCGUUGAACCGAUGCGGGUCGUUUUUAGUUUACUAUCUGCCGUUCCAGGUCGUUCGGAACCGUCUCCGGUGGGUGAAACGGGUCGCUGUGACACCGAGGGCGGAUGGAGGCCUGUAUGACGAAACCAGAGGUCAGAAAGAAGAAUCAGUAAAGCAGGUGAUGAUGGAGAUGAAGAAGAAGAGGAGAAAACAUCUGAAGAAACAAAUGGAAAAGGAGGUUUCAUCUCCGGCAUCCUCCGUAAGUCAAACAAACCAGCAGACGAGUCAUCGGCACAGGAGAACCUGAGUGAUCAGAGUGAGCUGUCGGUCAGCAGCGACAGUUUGUCUGAACGCAACAAAAAGAGGGAGACAAAAGGUCUGCAGGGCAAAAGUGGGGUUUUUGGACUCAGAAAAACACAGACAGCGGCUGCAGAGGACAAAGAAGGGAUUUUUAAUUCCACUGUCAAGAAGCCCAAACCUGCAGGAGCUGCGGAACCUGAAGAGGAUGUGUCUUCUGAUGCUGAAGUUCCCAUUGGCAAUGAGAGUUUACAUGAGAGCAAACAGGACAGAGAGCUGUCAGCUCGCAGUGAAGACCUGACUGAGAACAACAAGGAGAAGACAGGAGGCCUGGCUGGGAUGUUCAGAUCUGCCAGUUUAGACGACCUGUUUCACGAGGACAAAAAUAUUUUCACCGGCACAUUUAAGAAAACUCCCAAAUCCACAGAAGAGAAGUCAAACACAAGUGGAGACAAGAAGUUAUUUGACAGUUCUGAGGAUCUGUCGGAGAUGAACACAACCAAGGAGAAAACUGGAGGACUGGCCGGGAUUUUUAAGAAGUCGCCGAAACCGGCUCCACGUUCUGUCGUGACUCAGGACCCGCUCAGUGACUCCAGAAGAUUGUCGGCGAGCUGCGACAGCCUCACCGACAUCAGGACGGAGGAAGUCUCGGCUCAGGAUAAUCGUUUUGACUCUACGAAGGACAAAAGAGUUGGAUUUUCAGGGAACUUCAGGCGGACACCCAAAAUUUCAGAACAGCAGGAAGGUGAGAAGGAUCCGCCGCCAUCUGACGCCAGGCUGAUGUGCAAAGGAACCGUAAAGAAGAAAAAACGUGUUGUGUUAUUUCGGAUCAGGAAAACUCAAACCAAACAGAGUCCAGAAAACAUGGYCGCCGUUGACGAGGCUGUGGAGCUGCAGGACCUGAACGCACCUCAGGAGAGCACAGUGGUGGUCGAGCUUGUAGAGAUGGCAGCUUAUCCAACUGAAGAAACCUCAGCCGAAGCCGAGCAGGAGAACAACGAGCUGAUGGAGUGGUGGAACACGGUGAAAGGUUGGACCGAGUGGAACGAGACGUCUGAUUUCCAGGAGGAUGAAGAAAUGGCAAUGGAGCAGGUGGCGGACCGGGUCUACAUGGCAGCCAGAGUCUUCGUGCACCUCUUCAACCAGCGGGGGGCGUCGCUGCAGCAGCGCAUCCUGGAGCUGCUGGCGGCGGCCGACUCCGCCGACGAGUUCCACAAGAAGACGGUGUCGGCGGCCGUGGGAGGGGGCGUGGCCAGCGUGUGCGGCAGCCUGGCCACCAUCACCGGGCUCAUCCUGGCGCCCUUCACCUUCGGGGCCUCCAUCAUCGUCACGGCGGUGGGGAUCGGCGUGGCGACGGCCGGCAGCAUCACGGCGGCAACGGCCAAAAUCACGGACACGGUUCACUCCAACAUGGACCGCAAGAAGGUGGAGAAGAUGAUCCAGGGCUACCAGGAGGAGAUCAAAGACAUCCGGCUGUGUUUGGAGUUCGUGCAGGAAGGUAUGGACUCCCUGCAGGACCUGGACUUCCAGAAGUACUCGGAGGGCGCGGCGAAGAAGGCGCUGAACCACAACAUCAAACACGUGAUGAAGGAGGGCGGCCGCGCCGGGAAGGCCCUGAUGAUCAACACUGACAAGCUCAUCAGCACCGUGCAGGUCCUGGGCGGAGCCAGGGGCGUGGCCAAGGCCGCCCAGGCCGUCAGCGUCACCACGGGCGUCAUGUCCGCCCUCUUCCUCGCCCUCGACCUCUUCUUCCUCGCCAAGGACUCCCACGAGCUCCGCAAGGGCGCCAAGACCAAGUUCGCCGGCAAGAUCCGCCAGGUGUGCAAGGAGCUCCAGGAGGGCCUCCUGGAGCUGAACAAGGUGAAGACGCAGCUGCAGAAGACCAUGGACGGCAUCGAGGUGGAGGAGUAUGAGGAGAUCCAGGAGGUGGAGGAGGAGGAGCUGGAGUCCGACCCCAGGAAGCUGGCCGAGCUGGAGCAGGAGAUCGACAUCCUGGAGGAGAAGCUGGACAAGAAGGGCGACGGYGCAGAGGAGGAGAAGAAGAGCAAAGAGACGAGGUGCGACCUUUUCAAACUGAAGAAGGAGGAGAGGAGCGUGAAAGGAGAGACGGAGGAGAACUCCCUGGAGUCCAAAUCUGAGAAAACUCCUGAUGAGAAGAAAAAGAUCAACGAAACGACCAAAGAAGAGGUUCAGACGAGAAAGAAGAGCAAAAAAUAAACUGAGAACAAGAA